AUGUCAGAAGAUUAUCAGAGAGCAGGGAACUUAACGGACAAGGAAAUUGAAGCAAAAGUGUUACAACAAACCAACAAUUUCCUUGAAUCAAUGGGUAAGAACAUCAACUCCUAUGCAUUAGUGCCCAGAAUACUCAAGUUUGAUGGCCUGACAAAAGAUACCAGAGAUACUCUUAGUGAAUUGAACAUUGCAGUCUCAGAAAUUGAUUUAGCUUCAGUUUCUCAACUUAAUACUGACCAAAGAACUGCAUUCAAUACCAUACUUGAAGCUGCCUAUGUCAAUAAACGAGACUGCUUUUUCCUAGACGGACCUGGUGGCACCGAAAAAACAUUUUUAUAUAAAGCUUUACUAGCUGAAGCAAGAUCAAAAGGCUAUUAUAGUGCUUGCUACAGCUUCUUGUGGAGUGGCUGCCUGGAUUUUCCCUGGAGGAAGGACAGCACAGCACAUUCAAGAUUCAAAAUACCUAUCGAUUCAAGUGCUGAAAAUAUGUGCAAAAUCAGCAAACAAAGUGCACUUGCUGACCUCCCGCUACAAGUAAAGUUAAUCAUCUGGGAUGAAGCACCAUUGACACACAAAACUGCUAUUGAAGGAGUAGAGGAGAUGUUAAAGGACAUUAUGAGUUCAACAGAGCUCUUUGGAUCGAAGGUUAUAGUAUUAGGAGGUGACUUCAGACAAGUACUUCCAAUGGUAACAAAAGGAUCAAAAGCAGACUUUAUUCAGGCAAGCAUUGUAAAUUCCUACAUUCGGCCACACUUCACACAAAACAUGAGGGCGAUAUCAGAUCCUGACUUUACAGUUAUCUGCUACGCAUUGGUAACGGAGCUGAACCUUACAUUGAUAAGAAGAACAUCAGAAUUCCACGACCUUUACUUCUACCAUACACGACUGAAGAAGAAUCUGGCUAUACUAACAACAAGAAAUGACUUCAUCGAUGAGCUGAAUGAAACACUAACAGAGAGGUUUCCAGGAAAUGCAUAUCAAUAUAUCAGCAGAGACAAAGCACUUGAAAUUAGUGAACAAACAAUGUUCGAAGAUUUCUUUAACAGCUUGACUCCUACUGGAUUCCUGCCUUAUAAAUUAACUUUGAAACCAAACUCACCAAUCAUUCUGCUUAGAAAUAUAGAUCCUCCAGGAGGUCUUUGCAAUGGCACAAGACUUAUAUGUAAAUCUUUAAAGCCUAAUAUUAUACAUGCCAUCAUUAGCACAGGCGAACAUAUAGGCAAAGAAAUAUAUGUAGCAAUCUCAAGAGCUAAAAACAGUAAAGCUGUGAAAAUACUCAUAAGACUAUCAGUUUUUGAUACAAAUACAGAUGAUUUGACAGAAAAUAUGGGAACAAACUUCACUGCAAUUAAUAAAAUACUUCCUGGCAUGAAAGACUGGACCUGUAAAGUUCAAGUCAUUCAGAAGCAAAGGAUUCAGGUGUCGAAAGCUGGCAACAGAUAUCAAAAGUUGCUCCUCAUGGAUGAUCAGGGAACAAAGCUUGAAGCUCUUAUCUAUAACUCAGACAUUGAGUUCUUUAGAGCUUUAUUUCAGUUAUAUAACAAAUACCUUGUCUCAAAUGCAAAAGUCAAGUUUGCCUCAGCAGACUACCGUUCAACUGAAAAGAAUGCAACUGGAUCAUCGACAAUUCAACAGUUGUUCAGCUUGUGA